AUGGCGGCCGCGUCUCUUUCGUAUUACUGCGGCGGCGAGUGGAUGACAUUCCCAUACGAGAAGGAGCCGAGAAAACCAAAGGUGAAUGUUACCCACGCUUCCCCGAAUCUGGUCAAGUUCACCCUGACAGAGACGGACGUCAGCGUUGCGAACGCACUGCGCCGAAUCAUGCUGGCGGAGGUGCCCACGUUGGCCAUUGACACUGUCAACAUAGAGGAUAACGACUCGGUGAUAUUCGAUGAGUUCUUAGCUCACAGAAUGGGCCUGCUACCCAUCACGAGUCAUAAGGUGGGAGAUAUCCCCCCAGAUUCGGGCUACGUGGAGUACAAGCAAUGCACGUGCUUCGACGGGUGCCCUUAUUGCACUGCCGAGUUCAAGCUCGACGUGACCAACACGGAAGACAAGGUAAUGACGGUCACGCAUUUCGACGUAGAGAACACUGGCAAGUACAGACGCGAUAACGCCCUUCCGAUCGAUGAGGUGAAGAUGGUGCCAAGCAGGAACCCAGAUAUCGACGAAGAAACGGACACCAGAGAAAACGGUAUCAUUAUCGCCAAGCUCAAGAAAGAUCAGAAACUCAGAUUCGAGUGCUACGCCAGGAAGGGCAUCCCCAAGUAUCACGCAAAGUUCAUGCCAGUGGCCACCGCCAUCUACCAGUUCGAGCCCAUAAUCAGGACGAACAAGCAGAUGCUUGACGGCCUCAGCCUCGACGAAAGGAUAGAGUUCGUGCAGUCCUGCCCCCGAAAAGUUUUCGACCUCGACAUCGAGGACAACGUGCACGUGGCACGGAAGGAAGAUUGCAUAUUCUGCGACGAGUGCGUCGCGAAGGCGAAGGCGUGGGGUAAGAAGGAUAUGGUCACCGUCAAGAUGGACUGCGGUGUCUUCCACUUUACCGUGGAGGCGGUGACGCCGGAGGGAGGCCCGCGCAACGUCAUCGACGUGGUGCGGGCAGCGUUGCGCGUCUUGGAUUACAAGAUGUCCCUGUUUCUCAAGGAUGCCUACGGCGAUAAGAUCGAGGAGUGGCUGCCUUGGGAGCGCCCCGCAUGA